GUACGCCAUCGUCACAAGCAUUCUUGGUUAGCUGCAAGCAAGGAUCAAUUGUGAGCAGCUUUUACAGAGGAAUGCGAUUGCUGUGAAUCUUAAGAAUUUUCUAUGGCUACGCUUAGGAAGCUACUACUAUUAAGCGCUUUCGUCGCGAGUACAGUUGCAGUUCCCGUCCAACAAAACGCUGGACAAUGUGCAAGGUACUGCACGGACGACAGUGAUUUCACGUUGAGUCCAGGCAGCACGUAUACUUACGACUAUGAGACCACCACCGUAACCACCGUACAGGGAGGACAGGAAAAGACUCAAAUCCAAAUCACCGCACAAGCAGACAUCGAAGUCCUCUCCAAAUGCGAGCUUUCUCUCAGGCUACGAGGGGUGACCCUCAAACUAUCUGAUCCGGAGAGCCCGGAUUACUUAGUUUCCCUGCGGGGAGCUCGAGAAUUCGCCAGGACCAUCGAGAGGAACAUCCUCAGGUUCUCCUUCCAAAAUGGACAGGUGGAACACGUCUGCCCCUCUGAAAACGCCCCCACGUGGGUCACCAACAUUCAGAAGGGUGUUUUGUCCGCCUUCCAGUCCUACUCAGUCAAACCAGAGUGGACAACUAGGACAAUUGAGACUGAUGUCCUUGGAAAAUGCACUGCUGAAUAUCACUCCCUCGGAAGGAAUUGGCAAGGUACGCACACCGUAAGGAAACUGAAAGAUUUAAGUUCCUGCACCGAAAGAGAAAAUUAUGAAACUUACCUUCAAGGAUCUGCUUACUCAUCGGAUUUCCAAACCCUGUCUUUGCCCGUGGUCAAAGGCAGUCAGGAAUGCGAGCAAGUCAUUGGUGACAGUUUCCUCCAGACAUCCACCUGCAAUGAGAAGCUGAUCUUCCGUCCGUUUUCUAACAGAGGCAACGGUGUUGUCGCAACUGUCUCUCAGAAGCUCAUCUAUGCUGCUACCAGUGAAAGGAGGUUUACAGGAAAUGACUAUCGCCCAACAACUGAGCCUCUACUCUACACUCACGCAAAGCAGGAAGUUAGUUCAGCUAAGAUCGAAGAAGAAACCGAGAUGGCCAUGAGGGAACUGUGUGAUGCUGCCAAGGUAGACAUCUCCAUCUCUGUUCCCAGGAAGUUCUCCGGAUUGAUCUACAAGCUGAAGAAACUUUCUUUGCGAUCAUUGAAGUCUUUCCAUCAAAAGAUCGAUAAAAUCUGCCCACAGAACACUGAUAAAGCCAGGAAAUUCUUCAUGGAUGCCAUUCCUUUGGUCAGCACAGUGGACUCAGCUCGCUUCAUGCUCGAAAUGAUCUCCAGAAAAACUAUUUCUGACACCGAAAUCAGUUUCUGGCUGACAUCUCUAUCAUUCAUCAAUGAGCCAACACCUGAAAUCAUUUCUCUUUUCACGCCACUUCUCGAUGGUCGUUACACGCAAGGCAUCUUGGGAGUAUCCGCUCUUAUUCGCAAUUUCUGUAAUGGAAAAGACUGUUCAGGAAUUCCAGAAGUUCAGGCAGCUGUGAACAAGCUUUCAGAAAACUUGGGAGAAAACUGCUUCAGCUCUGACGACAAAAAUGUUAUUCUUUCAUUGAAAGCGAUCGGAAAUAUAGGAUACCUCUUCGGUAAAGAAAAUGUACUUGAAGCUUGCUACAAGAACCCACAAAUAAGAACUGAAGCUCGCUUAGCAGCAAUUGAAGCUUUUAGACGUGCCAGCUGUGACGUCAGCAGGGAGGAAUUAAUGAAAGCUUACAGCAACUACAAUGAAGACACCGAAAUUAGGAUUGCUGCUUAUUUGGCUGUGAUGAAGUGUCCUACCGUUUCUCGUAUUCAGGAAAUUAAAGAUGUUCUGUUGAAUGAAAAGAUCAACCACGUCGGUUCUUUCAUUUGGACUCAUCUGACCGCCUUGUCCAAGACCAAGCACCCAGAAAGGAGAGAGAUCAGAGAUAUUGUAUCGAAUCUGUAUCUCAUGAACAAGUUUGCCUCCGAUGCAAGGAAAUUUUCCACAGCCAGUGAAGCCCACUAUUUCUUGGAAUCCAUUGAUUCAGGCAUUCAUGUGGACAGUCACUUGAUUUUCUCUACCGAUUCCUAUUUGCCACGAACAGCCAUGUUCAACCUCACCGUUGAUAUCUUCGGAAAGAGCUGCAAUCUUUUCCAGAUUGAUGGACGCAUGGAAGGUUUAGAACAUGUUGUUGAGAGCUUUUUCGGACCAGGUGGAUACUUCCCACAAAAGAACAUCGCUAAAAUCUUGAGAGAAAAGAGAUCUGUUGACAACAACAAACUGAACCUGAUUGACAGCCAGUUCAAUCAACACUACAAAAAUCCUGUGCAGCCAUACGGAUCCCUAGAUGUCAAAGUCUUUGGAACAUCCAUGUGGUAUGAACAAUUUAGAAGCAACGGAGAUGGUUCUCCUGAAAUUAACUUGUUGGACAUUGUCACCAAACUAGCUGAAGAGAAUGAUAAAGAAUAUUCCAGAAGUUUUACUUUCUUGGACACUACCUUCACUGUCCCAAUGACCAGUGGUUUGCCUCUUAAGAUUGCUCUUAAUGGAACUGCAAGUGUAGGACUGAAGAUAGGAGGAAAAUUCGACGUGAAAUCUUUCGAUCACGUUGAUGUCUUGGGUCACAUCGAACCAAGUGGAGCUGUUGAAAUUUCUGGUCUCUUGACCGUAGAUGCUGGUCACUUCGCUCGCUCUGGCAUGCGAUUCAUCAGCACCAUGCAUUCCUCAUCAGUCCUCGAUGGAAAAGUACAAGUGAGAAAUGGUGAAGUUGUCAAGGCUCAGCUCAAUAUGCCCAGGGACAGAAUUGAUGUCUUCAACAUCCAGAGCAAGAUGUACCUGGUACAUGGUACAGAAGAACGAGAGAAAGCUACUGACAAACGCGAAGGAACACAUUUGCAAAGCUGUACUGGACGAGGAAUAUCGAAAGUUUUUGGUGUAAAAAUCUGUUCUUCUCUGGACCUCCCACCUUACAGACCCAACUCUCCUCUUCAGCCUCUGAAUGGACCAGCAUCUUUCAGUCUGUACAUUGAAAAAACUGACCCUACCCUCAAGAGUUACAACUUCGAUGCUCAGUGGAAAAGUGAAAUGAAAAAGGGAGGUUUCGUCAAGCAUGGAGUGCUUUCAUUGAACACUCCCGAGUCGAGGGUGGACAGGGAUGUGAAAAUGGAGUUUUACGUCAACGAAGCGGACCACACUGCCACUUUGAAGAUCAAAACGCCAAUGAAGAAACUCGGAGUUAACGCUAAAUUAGUGGAUUCUGAAACAAAGAAAUUGGACUUCAGUGUUAAUGUCGAUGACAAAGAUUACUUUUCACUUCAGUCUGAGCUGGGUAUUGUUAAUGUAAAGAGUUCCAUGUACAAUGUUCAAUCCUCAUUGGAAGUCAGAAUACCAUCUGGACGUUUCAUGGCUGCUUCUGCCACUGCUGAUAUUAGGGUUGGACAAAAGUAUUCAGGUCAACUGAAGAUUGAAGAUCUGACAGAAAAACCAAUAUUGGCCAAAGGUAACUUUGAAAUCGGAAAGAAAGAUCGUUAUGACAUUGAAGCCAGUCUCAGCAGUUUUCCUUUGGAUGGUACAGUUAAGGGUUAUGCACAGAUGGGUGAUAACAUUGCUUCCCGCUUCACUGCUGAAUACAAAAUUUUGGAAGGAAAAAUGAAUAAGUUGAGCAUCGUCGGAAAGAUGAGAAACUUGUCAGCUGCUGCAUUAACGAAAUACUCUGGAUCUUUGAACGUACAGGCAUCUGUUCUUCCAGAAUGGAACACCGAAUUAGUUUUCGAAACCAUGAAAACAACUGGCCACAUUGAGAACACUGUUUCUGUGUCGCUUGGAGAUGGAGCAAGAAGUAGAAUACACACAAUCAAAUUACAGGAAAUCUUGAGGUAUGAAGGAAGCCUGAGCGACAACAAAGUAGACGGAUCCAUCAAAUUGUUUUAUCCAGAAAAGAAUAUCAACUAUGGCCUUAGUGUUAAACACGAGAACACUGAGAAUUCAUUGAAGAACUUAUUGGAAAUUCAGUAUGCUAAAAACAGACAAAUUAGCACCGAUGUACAAUUGAAGAAAAGUACAGGAAAUCUGUUGUCUGUGGCAGGUGAUGUAAAACUUAAUUAUCCUGGUCGUGAAGCAGCUGUACAAGUAGAAUUGGCACAAAAUAGCAAUAAAGAAUACAGAGGAACUGCAUCUUGCCAAUGGCAGAAGGGAAGACGUGUAGCUGCCGUUCUUCAUUACAAAGACAAAUGUGAGGGAUCCCGCCUCAAAUACGAAAUAGAUGGAAAUAUGAAUUUGCCUGAAUCAAGCCCUAUUGCCUUUGCUACUAUUGUUUCUUACCAUCGCGGCCAAUUUGCUGGAUCUGCAGAAGUGAGCCAAGGUGUUGACAAAUAUCGCGCCAAAGCUGAUGUUACAACUGGAAAUGGUUUGAAUCACAGAAUGGCUGGUCAGAUGGUGAUCAAAAAUGAUGUUUAUGGAAUUGAUGCAGCUAUUGUUAGUGUUAAAGAUAAAAUAAAUGGCAACGUUGAAGUAAAAAUGCCUAAUCGUCAAAGAGCUACUGUUAAAUUUGAGGGCAGAAUGGGUGAUACUUUGAAGUUUGGAUCCUUUGAAACUUACUGGGAUGCAGACAGAGAUACCAGCAAGAAAUUUAUCGUAAAUGGAGAGUUGCGCAGCCAGGCUGAUGGUUAUGAUGGAAAAGUUUUCAUGCAAAUUCGUCGAAGAACAAUUAAAGGAGCUGUCAGCACUAGCUUACAAGGAAAUCUUUUCAGUUCCCAAUGGAAAACUAACAACAAAGUUGAAUUUGAAUUGUCUCCAACAGAAAAAUUUACCGGCAUUUUGUCAACAAAUGUGCUUUUAGACAGAACCAGACAACAGCUUGCAAGUCACAUCGAAUUAACUUCUCCUUAUAGUGGAUUUGAGAACGUAACUCUCGGUAUCACACAUCUCUAUGCCAACCAGCAAUGGGAUAGUGAAUUGUCAACCUUAUUGCCAUGGGGAAAUGAUAUCACUCUUUCCAGUUUCGGCAAAUAUUCAUUUGCUCGUGGAAGUUCCAAUAUCGAAACAUCAGCCAAAAUAUUGACUUCAUACAGAGGAUUUGAAGAAAUGUCUAUCUCAGUUACUCAUGGUAACAAUGUUAGAGAAUUAUCUAAUAAAGCUGAAGUAAAAUGGGGAAUGGGUCAAAGAAUAUUCUAUCACAUCACCGGCGUUAAACAGGCUUCUACAUUAAGAGGAUCUUUGAAAUUAAACACUCCUUUCUCUUACUGUAAAGAUAUUUCAGCCGAAAUCAAUCACGCUCAUACCUACAACAAUUUCAGAACACGGGGUGAAGUUCAGUGGUCGCCGUCUAAAAAAUUAGCUUUUAAUUCUGAAGGUAAUCACGAACUUAGUGGCCGAAGAAGGAUCUGCACAAUUAACUUUGAGGGUUCCUCUCCAUUUAGAGGAUUCGAAAGUACAACAGCGAAAUUAACAUACAGCAACGAUGGAUUCACUGUAAAUACAGAUGUAGAAACCAUGUGGAAUCGAAAUAAAAUAACAUCUUCUUUAAGUAUGUCAAGAAAAAGCCAGUUGAUGAAUAAGAAUCUCGAAGGUAAAUUCAGUUUCACAAGUCCUUUCCGAAAUUACGAAAAUGUGCAAGUAUCAACUUCUUUCGAAAUGAAUGAUAAUUCAUACAAAGUCAAUGUCGAGGGUCAGUUACCCCACAGAUCAACAGUAUCUCUGAACUCUCAAGGUAAGAUGGUCAGCUGGAAUGACAUCGAAGUUAAUGCUGUUGUAAUCAACAACUUCCCAAGAUACAUGAAUACUCAACGAGUUUCUCUUGAUUUCGUUCACAAACUGCAUAAUGCUAAAUUAAGAAGCACACUGGAUGCAUCUUACGGAAACGACCGCUUAACUGUAGUAUUGAUUGGCUUAACUGAAUCCGGUUACAACUCAAGAAAUUCUGAAUUUUCAUUCACUGUCAAUACACCAUUCAGAGGAUUUGAAGAACUGAAAGUGGAUUUUGGACACAACCAGAGAGGCUCUGAAUAUCUAACCAAGCUACAAAUGAAUAAAAACAAACUGAGCGGAUCGUUGACACACAAACUGACCGUUCGAGAUGCCCUUAAUUUUGAUACUGUAUUUGAAAUGACCUCGACUUCUUCCUUACCUAAUGGAAAGAUUUCAAUUGUCCAAGCAAGUAACGGCAGGCAACUAGAGCACACUAGUUUCGUAGAAUGGGACAAGAACAAUAAAAUACACCUAAAUGCCCAAUAUUUGGAUAAGGCCUUUUUGAAAGAAUUCUUAGUAAAACUUACAACACCAUUCCGAAAUUACAAAGACAUGGAACUCAAGGCUAGUAUGGAAUGCACGGAUAUGGAACAUAAGGGGGCCCUUUCUUUUGUCUGGGAUCGACGAAAUAAGAUGACAUUAUCCGCUGAUUUAGUAAACUACAGAUGGGAAAGCCUGAAAUCCCAAGUGGAAUUCACCAGUCCAUUCAAGGGAUAUGAAUUCUAUUCAACAACUGUCAAGUAUGAUCUAACCGGUCACCGUAAGGAAGCCGAAGCUUCAUUUUUGUGGGAUGUGAAAAACAGGAAAUCUGUUGUUGCAAAGGGUAGUUUCUUGUAUUCCAGCCGAUUGAUGAAUAUCGACAUGUCUCUAACGACACCCUUUAGUGACUUUGAACGAGUAAUUCUAUUAGGAAAGUACGAAAACAAAGUUCCAGAACAAAACAUCAAUAUACUUUAUGAACGGGGAUGGAGAAGAAUCAAUCUUGUUGGAAAAGCGAUUUUAAGAAACAAUGAUGCAGAAAUAAAUGUUGAUUUCAGCAGUCCUUACAGAAGUCUGAGCGAACUGAAAGCUUCAGCAAAAUACAGCAAAAUCAGAAAUGGCUUGAGAGGUGAAAUUUCAACUCAAUGGAAUGAAGUUAACAAAUAUAAGGCAUCAGCAGAAUAUGAACUUCAGUCAAAAUCUGGUAAAGGAAGCAUUGAAGUUCUUACACCUUUCAGGAAUUUCGAAAAGGUUAACAUUGAUGUUAGUGGCAGCUAUUCAAGCUCCAAAAUUGCUUCUGAAUUCAAUGCUCAAUGGGGUAAUAAUAAAAAGAUUGUUUUGACAUACGAUAUUUACAAAGGCUCAGACAAUAGCGAAAUGAAUAUUAAAUUCCUUAGCCCAUUCGAAGGUUAUAGGGAACUCACUGCAAAAUCUUCAUACAAAAUAAAGCCCAAUCAAUAUGAACACAAAGUAGAGACAAGAGUUAAUCAGAAAGACUUGUAUGAAUUAUCUGUUACUGCAAAACGUGGCGGUUCCCAUUUUGGAGAAAUUCAGAUGAACUUAAAUUCACCAGUAUCUCCAUUCAAAGAUGUUCAAAUGCUUCUUACUCUUGAUCUGAAUCCUGAAUUGUUCCAGUUGAUAUCUUCUCUGCAGUGGGAAGAAGAAAAAGCAGACAUUGAUUUGUUGCUGAGCAGAAAAAUGAACCAGUUUUAUGAAGCUAAACUGAAACUUAACACACCUUUUGACGGUCUUAAAACUAUUGCUUUCGAUAGCUCUCUUAGAAAUGACAGGAAUCAAUUCAUGGAUGGGCGUCUCAAUAUUGUAACACCCUUCAAAAUUCUUAAAAAAUUCAAUGCAUAUGGCGAAUUUAAAAAUGACGAUGCUGGUUAUUUAGUUGAUUUGAAAUUAGACACACCAAACAAGAACAUAAAAAUUUUGGGAAAACUGUCUAAUAGUCAGUUCCAGCCAUUCACUGCUUCAUUGAAAGUCGAUGCUCCUUUUGCUUCUUUCAGAUCACUUGAAUCAAAUGUUGAACUGAACAUAAUUAGAUGGAACAAUGCUAAAGCUAAGCUGACCACAAAAUCUGCUCUAUUUUCACAUGGCGUGGAGAUUCAGCUCGUGCAAAAUGAUGGAAGUUUGAAUUUCAAAGUAGAUACUGCGUCGUCAGCCCUUGCUUCUGGAAAAGCCAUUGCUACUGUGAUUGCUGACUAUAAAGAUUUAAACAGAAUUUCUACUGAAGUAUCAGUAGAAGUUUUCGGAAAUGUACACUACAUGAACGGACAAUACAAAUCCAGUGGAAAGGUGUCAGAAGUUGAGAUGAAAAUCGACAGUUCAAUCUUGCCCGAUGGACAAGCAGGCAUGACCUCUAAGCUCUCUCGUCGUCGUAACGACAGAGUUUUAGAUGGAGAAAUUAACAUCAAUUUCGCAAGCUCAACCCACCAAAUCUCUGGAAAAUAUGAAAAUAAAGGAAAUCAAAUCUCCACUAAUGUUAAAAUUGACAGCGAUCUUUUGUCAUUCUCGACUCUGGAAUCUGAGGCAAAAUACAUUAACAGCAAUGGUCGAGAUAUGGAAGUUUCAUUCUCUGCUUCAACUCCAUAUUCAUCACAUUCUUUUACCAGUAGCUUGAAGAAUUAUGAAGGGGAAAAGAUUGCUCAGCUGAAAAUCGACUGCCCAAUGGUAUCCUACUUAAACCCAUUCACUAUCACUAGUACUUUCAAACAUGAAGGCUAUAGUUCUAUGGAUCUUAGCCUAUCAGUGUCGACACCAGGAAAAGAAGUUCGAGUAGCUGGAAACAUGAAGAAUGAAGGAUGGCAAAAUGCUGAAGCAUUCCUUACCGUUAACACUCCAUUUGAAGUUUUGAGAAUGCUCCGCUUAGAUGGACGUUUCCGUAAUGAUAAUUUCCAGAACAUUGAUGGUAACUUCCAAAUUGAGACAUCAAACAGCAACUUCCCGUCUUUGGGAGUAACUUCCAAACUCAGCAGAACAGAAGGGUCUGAAGAAAUGUCUCUUAUGUUCAAAUUGCCUCUUCGUAACUAUCGAUCAGUCCAGUUGCUAGGAAAUGUCCACUACAACAGAGAUUACUCCAGUGCUGAUUCCAGAAUUACCUUUACACUUCCACAAAAUAAAUACGUAGUCUAUGGUCAAUAUGGCAAGAGCCGUUCCAGAAUAUCAGGAAGAGGAGAAGUAGAAUUCAACAACAAUAAAUGGAGCGCUACUGGCCGACUGGAACGCAACUCUGAAAAUCAAGAUGUUGCCCUCAGUAUUUCUACUCCAAACUCUCAAACUUACACUUUCGGUGGAGCUUAUGGAAAUUCAAGAAACCGCCAACAACUUGCUGUAAGUUACAGUAGCCCUUCUAAUGAAAGAUAUUCCUGGAAUUCUACUUUAGAUUACCAGAAUAUUGGCAGCUUUUCACUUGACUUCCAAGCCGAAAGUCCUUUUAUCAACUACCGAAGCAUAACAGGCAGUGUAAAUCAACAAUCCAAUGCCAAUUCUUUCUCAACAAAUAUUGAAUACACAAAGAAUGGAAGACGAGGAUUUUUAAAAGUAUUCCAUCGAAAUCAGAGAGAUGGACUGAAAGGUUCAGUUCAAAUGGGUUGUCCUUACACUAAGGUCAGAGACCUCAAACUGUCCUACAGCCGUGUAAAGAAGCAAACUAACAUUGAAGACAGUGUAGAAUUGGAUUACAACCGUGCAAAGCAGCUGAAGAUGGAAAUUAUUCUUUUCGGAGAAAAGUCUUCUCACAUCGUUCUCGAUGUUCCAGUUCUGCCUCUGACUGUGACUGCUGACAGUAAAAAGAUAUCCAAUGGAAGAGAAUUGAAUUUCAGGUCCAAUUAUUUCUCUAGAGUUGUAUCUUUCCGAACAUCACACCAGUGGGAUUCCAGACAAAUACUUCACGAUGCCGCUUUCAGCUGGGAUGAACGCGCUGAAAAGAGAAUAUCUUAUGAUUUUAAACUGGCUAACACCGAAUCUGGAAAGGAAUUGUGGAGCAGGAUUGAUACGCCUUUGAGAUCCUUGAUGUUGAAAGGAAACUUUACCAAAACAAGCCGAACUGGUUCAGGUGGAAUUGACUUCUAUUGGGAUGCUGCUCGCUCCAUGGAGAAACAUAUGGCUGUUGGAUUCGUGCAUGCAGAUAUCAGUACGGAUGCACAGACUUCUCAUAAAUUGGAACUUGUCAUGGAACAUCCUAAGUUGCAAAAGGACAUUGUUCAAACCAGCAUCUUAACAUACUCUCCGAAUGAGUUUUACCUCAAGAGUGAACUUCAAUAUUCUCGCGAACGACACCACAACCUGUUGAUGGAAUUGAAGGCAUCCGAUAUGAGCAGACGAGAUUUGCAUUACAAAGGAGAAUUCCUUCUGAGACAUCCUGCUAGCCGAUUGGACAUCCGUGGAGCAGCUGAAGCCACAAACAGCAGACUUGAAUCUUCUGCCUAUCUGCGAUUAAACAGCUUGGACAGAUUCCAAGCCCAGAACGUAAGGGAAGUCAAGGCAAAGAUUAUGAAAUUGAAGCAGGAAAUCGAAAUGAUGGUCCGAUCUAAUGACGAUCAGAUGAAAGUAUCAGGAAAAGUUGCUGGCAGGAAUGGCGAAUAUGAUGCAACUUUAGAAAGGAAGACAAAUGAUCAGAUCGAUUGUACCACUAGAGUUACGUUUAGCAGACGCAACAAUGCUUUGGAUAUUAGUGUCAUGAAUACAGAAAACACUGGAUUGCAGAUCUCUGCUUCAUUCCCAAAAGAAUCAGCUAGUCUUAAGAUAUCUCACAGCAAACAAGGAAGAGAAAUGACCGACGCUUCUCUAUUCUUGGGUCUGGAAGGAUCCAAAAUUCUGAAGUCAAAGAUCAACUGGAGACCAAGAAUGUGGCAAGAUCUUAGGAUAAACACUGGUGAGACUCUUCGAGGUUUAGUUUCUACGAACAGAGCUCGUUACUCAGUUUGGUCUUCGAACUUCGCUGAAGAAUUGUCCACAAGAGCUUCACUCAUGUCUCGCGCCAUGUCUGAUCUUCUGACACCAUUCGUCGAAGACCUGAAAAACGGAGUCAAUGAAAUUGAAUACGAUUUGUUAGCCGCAAAAGACACCUUCAGGAGUAUGUACUACAGAAAUGAAUUCUACAUGAGAGACAUUGCUGCUGAGGUGGAGACAGUAAAGCAAGUUGCUCAGGACGUUUCAAACGGACUGGUUCUUGGCUGCGAAGUCUUAUACAACAUAACUGUUGAGCAAAUUGAAAAUAUAUACUACUCUAUGUACUACUCCUGCCUGGAUUUCUGCGAAUACAUGCAACAGAUGCACACUGAAAUGAUGUGGAAACUCGAAAGAGCUGUACAAUCCGCUCAAAAAUCCCUGUCUAAAGCCUUGGUGGCAUGUGCAAUGAAAAUGAAUCAAGUUAUGGAAAACGCAUAUGCUAAGAUCCAGCAUUGGUCAGAGUUGAUGGUUUUGAAAUUCGACAGAUGGCUUCGGUCAUACGCUCCGUGCAUAAUUGAUGGAUAUUACUACACCAAACAGGCCGCUGACAAAAUCAGAUACUCAAUCAAUGGAAUAUCUGAUUGUGUCGUAUCCAAUCCAUACUACAUUGCCUUGAAGAACUAUGCUACCAGUGUAGUCAACACUUUCAAAGCUUUGCGAGAUUACGAAUACACCGAAACUGCCCAAAUGUUCUUGAACAAAGUAUACGACAUCAAUCUCGUCGACUCCGUUCUGAACCAUCCAACAGUUGACAGAAUGUCUGAAAUCGCAAACUCAGCUUUGAGGAAGAGCGUUGAAGUUUACCACAACUUGGGUAUGGAUGUUGUCGUGGCCCAUGCUGCUGAUUCUGCUACCAACUACAUGAAGACCAUGGCUCUCGAUGCAGCUCAGGAUUACCUAUCAGAAUUCUAUCAAACCAAGGCUGGUGCCAAGUAUGACUUUGAACCACAAAGAGGUCACAUUGCUCUGGAACUCACUCUGCCAGUUGCUCGAAGCAGUCUAAUCGAAGUAUUUGACUACAAAAGUUAUCCCGAAUACAAACAGGUGAUGAACAUCAAUUCUAUGGCAAUGGAAUACUACGAAGAUUUCUGCAUCUGGGACUUCUAUUACAAAUUUAUGAAAUACUUCUCAGCAAGUUACUGGAUGCCAUCUUUCACUGCUCACGCUUUGAUAUCGGGCAACCAGCACUUCAUCACUUUCGACAAGCUGUCUUAUGACUUUGCUGGCCGAUGCAGUUAUCUCCUGGCACGUGACUUCGUCGACGGAAACUUCACUGCCAUCGUCAACUAUGGAACUGAAGACCACAUGAGACGAUCUCUCACGAUUUUGGUGGACGGAAAGAAGGUGGACAUUGGAAACGAUUACAAGAUUACUCUGGAUAACAACAAAGCAGAAUUGCCAAUCCAGAUUGGAAAGACCGUUAUGAUCAGAGAAGGAGCCAAUGUUAGAGUUGAAAAUGAGGAGAAGGGAUUCUCAGUCGUUUGCAACUUUGUGCACAACUACUGCAGUGUAUCCUUAUCUGGUUUUUACUUCGGCAAAACUGCUGGACUGUUCGGAACUUUCAAUUACGAACCUAGUUUGGACAUGAUGUCACCUUCUCGAUACGUCAUGGGAGACAUCGAAAGCUUCACCAAGUCUUGGGAAGUAGGCCAGGCCGUCUGCUCAUCGUCUGAAAAUUUCGCCACCUUGCCAAGCAACGACUACAGGGUACAAAAGAGAUGCAAAGACCUUUUCCAGAAAUCCACAUCUGAAUUCAGAGCUUGCUUUAAACAGGUUGAUCCAUCAGCUUAUUUGAAGAUGUGUAUUAGCGAUUUGUCCGCAGUCCACGAGAAUGACCACGAAGAUGCUAUCUGCCAAUCUGCCGCUGCUUACUUCAUGGAAUGUAAGAUGGAAGGUGUUCCUCUCAGGAUGCCAAAACGCUGUGUACGAUGUGAGAAACAAGAUGGAUCUUACAUGACAGAAGGCGAGGCAAUCCAAUUCCCUCGUGAUGGUACCGUCACAGCCGCCGAUGUAGUUUUCCUAGUUGAAGAGAAGCAGUGCAACAAGGACAGAAUCAGAUAUCUAUCAAAACUGGCCGAUGUUAUUGAGAAAGUGUUCGCCCAGAGGGGAUACAGGGAUGUCAGGUACAGUGUAGUAGGAUUCGGUGGUGAUGAAAUACAUGCUGCACCUCAUGUGCAUACUAUGGAUGGAAGAGAAUCAGGACCUCUUAGAUCUCUAGAAUCAGCUUUCCAGAGCUUAGAAUUUGGUGAUGGACCAAUUAACAUCUUAGAAGCUAUCAGGUUUGCUGCUGGACUCACCUACAGACCAGGAACCACCAAGAGUUUCAUUCUUGUUAAAUGCUCAACAUGCAAGUCUGAAGAAGUCAAGGCCGAAUACAGUGAAAUGUUGCGCACUCUUUUGGAUGGAGACAUCACUCUUCACCUCUUGAUGGAUCAGAAAUACGAAUUUAAGAUUCCUAACAAGAAUUCUAAAUCCCGAAAAGUCAUCGGUGUGGACAAAAGAUUCGCUUAUACCCUUAAAGACGUCAAGGACAGUCAGCUCUCUGGUGAUGGAGACCUCUUGGCUCAGCUGAGGAUUCCAAAAGAUGUCUGCAUUCCUCUGGCAUUCGAAGUGAAUGGCUCCAGCUUUGAUUCACAAUUCCUUGCAGAAACCAAGAAGAACACCAACAAGAAAUUCAUGGAUGUCUUAGCAAGACUGGUGGUGCGCGGCUCAUCGGCAGGCACUACAGACUGGGGAAUGUGCUGCGAGUGCUUAGCCACAGAGGACGGAGUGGGCAAGAGUACUUGCCAACGCUGCGUUUCAGAAGAAAUGGCAAGCAUGAUAUCGGGUGAUCUUUCUGGGAUUCAGAAUCAAGUAGGUCAGCCUGAAAGUAGGAGGUCACGAGUUCGAAAGCACAAAGAACGUAGAAAUGGACAAUAACUUUCUUCUUUAUUUUAUAGUCACUAAUUAUGAUUUCACUUAUGUGUUCAAAUAUAAAACACAUACAACUAAUAAGUUUCUUGUAUGACCUAAAAGAAAUCUAUUUUACACUCAUCCAUUUCAUUUUAGUUUAACAUGUCAUAUUGUAGUAUUGUAAUUCUAUACGUAUUCAAUAAAAGUUUUACAGUUUAUCUAUAACUGUAAAAAAAGAUAAAAGAAGUAUUGAAAUAUCAUUGCCAUUAAAAAUAAUUUUUUAAAGUUCUUUUAAAUUCUAUUUUUGUGCAUUUCUUGUAUUUAUUUGUAAUUUUUUUGUUGUUGAUGAAUAACUCAAUGUUAAACGGGUGAGAGUAUUUAACCAUACUACAGGCCCUUCAAAGAUGGCCUUUAAAUCUGGAUGUCUAGAUUCAGUGAUGGAAGAAAAAAUCUGAUGAAAAAUAUGACUUGAAGAAAUCUAGGCUGCUCGGAAAUCUAGGCAAGCAGAUAUAGUCAUCUUUGCUCUGGACUGUCACCAAGUUUUACAGACCUCUUCCUCAUUGUGAUUUACCAUGGCAUGGUUCUUUGUGUACUUGACAGCUCUUCCAAUACUCAGCUAUGAAGUUCUAGUGGUGUCUGAGCACAGAUUGUGGUUUCGGUAUUUUAAAUAUUUUGUGUAAUUUAAUAUUUUCUCUCCUUUCUUAUGCUUUUUAAUCAUCUGUAUGUGUACUGUUCCUUUGUGUACAGAGAGAAUAUCGUUCCUUAAUAAAGUUGCUGCAGCAAUAA